AUGGUGAAAUGGCUGGGCAAUAAGCUGCGGAAGGAGUCGAAGAGAAGUGGAUGUGAAGUUACAGCUGCUCGGAUCGAAAAGCACGUGAUAAAUAAGCAUGCUUGGGAACAGACCACAGAAACAAGUCUGUAUACUAGUUGCGGGCACGCUCCUCUUCAAGCAUCGCGUCAAGAGGCAUUGACGGAAGGAAGCAGAGCUUCCUCGAGGUUUCGUGAGAUGCUACUGAAUCGGAGGCUACAAGAGGACUUGCUGAAAGCCAGUUCCCAUGGGGUACUUCCGUAUAUGAGGCUAAAAAUGCCCUCGAUAGACUGUAUUGCCGAAAAGAGAUCUACUACCCCAUCUCGACAUACCAUUUCUAUUGUAAGAUGGACUUCUCGCGUCACCUUCAAGGCUAGCAUUCACCACCAGUGGAGAGAUGAAGUGGCAGAGACAGUGUUGAGAGAAAGAGAGCGUCAACUCCGAGGACGGGACGACGACGACGACGACGAGACGGAGGGAGUUUCCACGGAGACUAGGAAUAAUAGGCUGAACAUGAACAUCAGCUUCGAGGACGUACGAAUACAGGACCUCUUGGAGCAUGAGCAAGAACUGGACAUAGCGGAAGGUACGGAGUACAGCGACAUCGACGCUGUGCUCCACAUAGGUCGAGCUAUGUUUCCAGAGCUGCCUUAUUCCUAG